GUUCAGGAAGUCGGUCACCGCCCUAUUCCCUCCUCCGCUUCGGCUAUUGUUGGGAAAUAACCAUCGACGUCGAAACAAUCUUUAACGAAACUUCCAAGGUAACGGUCUCUGGAGAGGGUCUUUGCAUUUCUACUUUCUUUUAUGUCUUUGAAGGGAGGUAUUUGGUAAAGUUAGGAGCCGAGGGUAAAAAGUAUCAUUUCCGCGAAGGCAGGGAAAGAGGAGGACAACUUUUAGAGGCAAACAAUUCUCAUUCCUCCAUCUUGAAACUUUCCUAACGAAUUGUUAUCGAAUUCCAGACAUGACGAGCAUCAACACGGCUAACAUUAACUUCAAAUGGGACCCAAAGAGUCUGGAGAUCAGGACUCUAGCAGUGGAGAGGCUGCUGGAGCCCUUGGUCACACAGGUCACCACUCUGGUGAACUCAAGUAACAAAGGCCCGUCUAACAAAAAGAAGGGACGUUCCAAGAAGGCCCAUGUCCUGGCAGCAUCAGUAGAGACUGCGACUCAGAACUUUUUGGAAAAAGGAGAAAAGAUUGCAAAGGAGAGCCAGUUCCUCAAGGAUGAGCUGACUGCUGCAGUGGAAGAUGUCCGCAAGCAAGGUGAGUCAAUGAGGCAGGCUUCUGGAGAAUUUGCUGAAGACCCCUGCUCUUCUGUGAAGAGGGGAAAUAUGGUUCGUGCUGCUAGAGCCCUCUUGUCGGCAGUCACGCAUCUGUUGGUGCUGGCAGAUAUGUCCGAUGUCUACAAACUUCUGCUGCAGCUGAAACUGGUGGAGGAGAGUCUUGUGAAAGUGCGCAAUGCAGGAACAGAACAGGACCUGGGGAUCCAAUAUAAGGCCUUGAAACCAGAGGUAGACAAGCUGAACAUCAUGGCAGCCAAGAGACAACAGGAGCUAAAGGAUUCCCACCACAAGGACCAAAUGGCUGCAGCUCGCGGUGUUCUACAGAAGAACAUCCCCAUGCUGUACACGGCAUCCCGUGCCUGCCUGCAGCACCCUGACGUGGCCGCCUACAAGGCUAACCGUGACCUGAUCUACAAGCAACUGCAACAUGCAGUUUCAGGCAUCUCCAAUGCUGCUCAGGCCACAACCACUGAAGACUCUGCACUCAAUCAACCUGCAGGUGGCGGAGAGCUGGCUUAUGCCCUCAACAAUUUUGAUAAACAAAUCAUUGUGGACCCCCUGGCGUUUAGUGAGGAACGCUUUCGUCCGUCCCUGGAGGAACGUCUUGAGAGCAUCAUCAGCGGUGCUGCCCUCAUGGCCGACUCCUCGUGCACACGGGAUGACCGCAGGGAGCGAAUUGUGGCCGAAUGCAAUUCGGUGCGCCAGGCUCUUCAGGAUCUGCUGUCUGAGUACAUGGGCAAUGCCGGCAGGAAGGACAGGAGUGAUGCUCUGAACACAGCCAUCGACAGGAUGACAAAGAAAACAAGAGACCUUCGCAGACAGCUACGUAAAGCUGUAAUGGACCAUGUCUCAGACUCAUUCUUGGAAACCAAUGUACCCCUCCUGGUUCUUAUUGAAGCUGCAAAGAAUGGCAACGAGAAAGAAGUCAAGGAGUAUGCACAGGUGUUUCGUGAGCAUGCCAACAAGCUGAUAGAGGUGGCCAACUUGGCUUGCUCCAUCUCCAACAACGAGGAGGGAGUGAAGCUGGUCCGGAUGGCAGCAUCCCAACUGGAAACUCUUUGUCCUCAGGUGAUUAAUGCAGCUUUGGCCCUCGCCGCAAAGCCCAACAGUAAGGUUGCCCAAGACAAUAUGGAUUUGUUCAAGGAUCAGUGGGAGAAGCAGGUCAGAGUACUCACUGAUGCUGUUGAUGACAUAACAUCCAUCGAUGACUUCCUUUGUGUGUCUGAGAACCACAUCUUGGAGGAUGUGAAUAAGUGUGUCAUCGCUCUGCAAGAGAAAGAUGUGGAUGGUUUGGAUCGCACAGCAGGGGCAAUUCGAGGCCGUGCUGCCAGAGUGGUCCAUGUGGUCACUUCUGAAAUGGACAAUUAUGAACCUGGGGUCUACACAGAGAAAGUCUUGGAGGCCACCAAGCUCCUUACUGACACAGUGAUGCCACGGUUCACAGAGCAAAUUGAGUCUGCAGUGGAGGCCUUGAGCGCAAACCCCUCGCAGCCCGUCGAUGAGAAUGAGUUCAUUGAUGCUUCCCGUCUUGUAUAUGAUGGCAUUCGAGACAUUCGCAAGGCUGUACUCAUGAUCAGGACUCCAGAAGAGUUGGAUGACUCAGACUUUGAAACCGAAGACUUUGAUGUUCGCAGCAGGACCAGUGUGCAGACAGAAGAUGACCAGCUCAUUGCUGGCCAGAGCGCACGGGCUAUCAUGGCUCAGUUGCCACAAGAACAGAAGGCAAAGAUUGCAGAACAAGUCGCCAGCUUCCAGGAAGAGAAGAGCAAGCUGGAUGCUGAGGUAUCCAAGUGGGACGACAGCGGCAAUGACAUCAUUGUUUUGGCCAAGCAGAUGUGCAUGAUCAUGAUGGAAAUGACAGACUUCACCAGGGGGAAAGGACCACUGAAGAAUACAUCCGAUGUCAUCAGUGCUGCCAAGAAAAUUGCAGAGGCAGGAUCAAGAAUGGACAAGUUGGGUCGCACCAUUGCCGACAAUUGCCCGGACUCUGCCUGUAAGCAGGACCUGCUCGCCUACUUGCAGCGUAUCGCCUUGUAUUGCCACCAGCUCAACAUUUGUAGCAAAGUCAAGGCUGAGGUUCAGAAUCUGGGAGGAGAGCUGGUUGUCUCGGGGUUGGACAGCGCCAUGUCCCUCAUUCAAGCCGCAAAGAAUCUGAUGAACACGGUGGUGUCCACCGUGAAAGCGUCCUACGUCGCAUCCACCAAGUACCAGAAGAGCAAAGGGAUGGAGGCCCUCAAUAUGCCCGCCAUCUCCUGGAGGAUGAAGGCGCCUGAGAAGAAGCCUCUGGUGAAGAGAGAGAAGCAGGAUGAUGGCCAAACAAACCGGGUCAAGAGAUCCUCUCACAAGAAGCACGUCAACCCUGUGCAGGCUCUCAGCGAGUUCAAAGCAAUGGAUAGUAUCUAGAGUCCUCCUGUUUUUGUUUAUUACAUAGAGAUCCAGCUUUGCAGUUUAUCAAAAAGAGCUUUUAACACAUUUUUGAAAAUCUUUCUAUAGGUGGUGUGUGUGUGCGUGUGUGCAAGGGUGUGUGUGUGUGUGUGUGCAAGGGUGUGUGUGUCUCUCUCUCUCAAUCUCAAUCUCAAUUCCAUCAGAUCUGGUUGCUUUAUGCUGUCCUCUGUGGAAAAUAGAAAGCGAUCAAUUGGACACCGGAUUUUUUAUAUAUAUAUAUACAUAUAUAUACAUAUAUUUUCCACAUUUUUUCAUGACAUAUUUGUGAUAGAAAAGUUAAUUUUAUAGGUAUGAUUUUUUUUUCAUAUUCUAACCUAGUUUGUAAUACUAUGCUGGGGUUCUGGUGUUUUUCCCAUGAUGUUUUGAUUAUAACGUUUUGAUUGUAAUGUGUAUAACUGAGACGACAAAUGGCGACUAUGCAAACUUCCUUAUUUUAACUUGAGCAAUAAUAGUUUGGAACGUGUAGGGCUCAGUGAGAUUUGAAAAUGUUUCGGACUAGCUGUGACAAACCAAAGUUAGUACAUACGUGUAUUAAGUCACAUCUGGGUAUUUGACACAUCUUUCAUUUUGUCAAACACUACUCAGCCUUUAUUUCGGCUAUAGAAAUUAUAUGUGCACGAAAAGACACAUUUAAGGUGACCAGAUCUGCCCUGUGAGUCCAGCUUGGUGCCACUGGGCCUGAUGAGCUUCAUUUUCUGUCACUGAGACCAACCUCCACCAUACAAGAAUGGGUCCAAAUUGAGGGAUCAAUACUGUUUCCUCUCCUCAGCCUCCGAGGCAGGUGAGGAAAGAGAGAUGAGGGUUUCUUCCCUUUUCAACGCCUUGUUUUCUAUUCCUUGUCCUUGAAGCUUGAACACUAGUCCACAUUCUACAUCGUUGAAGCUUUAAAAGCGUCACUAGGCCUGGAAAUAGAAAAAUGUUGGUCUGUGCUUUUUGAAAUCUUACUUUUUUGUUUUUGUGCUCGUUUGACACCACUGAACUAAUCCCAGAUGGUCAUGUAUGUGCUGACCAUAUAUACAGUACAUAUUCUUUGCUGCACAACCAAUCAGUUCUGAGUGGUUUUUCAUCACUUUGCCUUUUCAGUUUGGAAACGAUACAUAAGUAAACGACUUUGCUGUGGAUUUUUUUUUGCUCUUGAUAGCUGACCUGUUAGUGCACACUGUUCUGAAUUCAUGUGCCUGCUUUCUAUCCCAAUAAAUGAUUGAAUUGAAAAAAAAAACA